CUGUCCUUCGAUCUUCUGGAGUCAUGGAUUACAGGAAGCCAUAACAAGACAGGGUUUAAGAAAAGAGGAGGAUCCAUAUUCAGAGAAUUGGCUCUCUUUCAAGAUUACCAUGGCCUGCCUGCCUUCAAGAAAGGACUGGUAGAUUACAUGUCUGAAGUUAGACAAAACAAAGUAAAAUUUGAGCGCAACAAGCUUGUACUCACAGCUGGCGCAACAUCAGCAAACGAAAUUCUCAUGUUUUGUCUUGCUGAACCUGGUGAAGCUUUUUUGAUUCCUACACCGUACUAUCCUGGGUUUGACAGGGAUCUCAAGUGGAGAACUGGGGUUGAAAUUGUUCCAAUCCACUGCUCCAGUCAGAAUCAAUUCAGAAUUACUAUAUCUUCCCUAGAAGAAGCUUAUGAACAUGCACAAAAACUCCAGUUAAAAGUUAAGGGGCUGUUAUUUACAAAUCCCUCAAACCCAUUAGGCACGACAAUGAAACUUGAAGAGCUAAACCAAAUCAUUAACUUUGCCCUGGACAAGAACAUCCACAUUGUGAGUGACGAAAUAUAUUCUGGGACAGUUUUUGAUUCAUCAAGAUUCAUAAGCGUCAUGGAAGCUCUGAACAAAAGGGAUCUUCAAAAUUCUGAUAUUUCGACACAAAUUCACAUUGUUUCUAGUCUGUCGAAGGAUUUAGGUCUUCCCGGAUUCAGGAUUGGUUUGAUUUAUUCCAACAACGAAACCCUCAUUGCUGCUGCUACAAAAAUGUCGAGUUUUGGACUUGUUUCUUCACAAUCGCAGUAUCUACUUUCCAAAAUUCUUGCUGAUAAAAAAUUCACCACAAUGUAUAUCAAAGAGAAUCAACUGAGAUUGAAAAACAGGCAAAAACUGCUGGUUUCUUGGCUCCUAGAAAUCGGUAUCAAGUGUCUAAGGAGCAAUGCGGGAUUAUUCUGCUGGAUUGACAUGAGACACCUGCUAACAUCUAAUACAUUUGAAGCAGAAACGGAGCUAUGGAAGAGAAUUCUAUACGAAUCCGGUUUAAAUGUCUCCCCGGGAUCUUCUUUUCACUGCACUGAACCGGGUUGGUUUCGUAUUUGUUUUGCAAACAUGACAAAAGAAACCCUACACCUCUCAAUUCGAAGGAUCAAGGCGUUGAUGGAUUCCUUGGAGUGCACACUUCUUCAGAAUUAUCAGCAACAGAACAAAGUAAAAUCCCUUGAAAAGAAUAAUCUAUUCUGCGAACAUAUCCGACUGCCCUCGCUGGAUAGUGAACGAGACCAUUAG